GGGCCGGCGACCCGGGGCUGCGGCGGGGCUGCGGCCGGCGCCGGUGCGCGCAGCCGCUGACCCGCGGGCGGAGGGUCGCCGGGGCCGCACCUGCGGGCGGAGCGCGGGCUGCAGCGGCGCCGGCGGGCGCCUCGGAGCUGCGCCGAGAUGAGUGCGGUGUCGGAGCCCCCGGCGGCCCUGGGCGCCCUGGAGAAGCCGGCGGGCGCGGCCAUCCUGUGCACCACGUGCGGCUCCGUGUGCCGGGGCGAGGUGCUGCGGGUGCAGAGCAAGUACUUCCACCUCAAGUGCUUCGUCUGCAAAGUGUGCGGCUGUGACCUGGCGGAGGGCGGCUUCUUCGUGCGGCAGGGCCAGCACAUCUGCACCCGGGACUACCAGCGCCUGUACGGCACCCGCUGCUUCGCCUGCGACCGCUUCAUCGAGGGCGAGGUGGUGUCGGCGCUGGGCCGGACCUACCACCCCGACUGCUUCGUGUGCGCCGCCUGCCGGCUGCCCUUCCCGCCUGGAGACCGUGUGACCUUCAACGGGAAGGAAUGCAUGUGCCAGAAGUGUUCCCUGCCCAAGUCCACGGGGGGCAGUGCGCACCUGUCCCAGGGCCUCUGGAGCUGCGGGGGCUGCGGCGCAGAAAUAAAAAACGGCCAGUCCCUGGUGGCCCUGGACAAGCACUGGCACCUGGGCUGCUUCAAGUGCAAGACCUGCGGGAAGGAGCUGAACGCCGAGUACAUCAGCAAGGACGGGCUGCCCUACUGCGAGGCGGACUACCACGCGGAGUUCGGCAUCCGCUGUGACGGCUGCGAGAAGUACAUCACGGGGCACGUGCUGGAGGCGGGCGAGAAGCACUACCACCCGCUGUGCGCGCUCUGCGUCCGGUGCGGCCGGAUGUUCGCCGAGGGCGAGGAGAUGUACCUUCAAGGCUCCUCCAUCUGGCACCCCGCCUGCCGACAAGCAGCCAGGACGGAGGACAAGAGCAAGAUGCAGAAGCAGGUUUGCCCGGGUGCCACCCCCUGUGCCUUCCAGGAGACCAGGACGUCCUCCGAGAGCAUCAUCUCCGGGCCUGCGUCCAGCACCUCGGGCUCCCCCAGCCGCGUCAUCUACGCCAGGCUGGGGGACGAGAUCCUGGACUACAGAGACCUGGCUGCCCUGCCCAAGAGCAAGGCCAUCUACAACAUCGACCGGCCCGACAUGAUCUCCUACUCGCCCUACGUCAGCCACGCGGGGGACCGGCCCAGCGGCCUCGAGUCGCCCCCGUUGCUCUCGCCACCGCCGACCGAGGGAGACCAGGACGACCGCUCCUCCCGGCAGUGCCGCACCUCCAGCCCCAGCUCCGCCGGGUCCGUCAGCCUCGGGCGCUACACCCCGACCUCGCGGUCGCCCCAGCACUACAGCCGGCCAGCUGGUACUGUGAGUGUUGGUACCAGUAGCUGCCUGUCCCUGUCCCAACACCCAAGCCCUACGUCCGUGUUCAGGCACCAUUACGUCCCCUACUUCCGAGGCAGCGAAAGCGGCCGGAGCACCCCCAGCCUCUCGGUGCUGUCCGACGGCAGGCCGCCCGCCACCUACCAGCAGGCGCCGCGCCACUUCCACGUGCCAGACACCGGCGUCAAAGAUAACAUCUACCGGAAGCCCCCCAUCUACAAGCAGCAUGCCUCGAGGCGCCUGGACGGGGAGGACGGCGGUUCCGACCAGGACGGCAGGAAGCAGAAGGGCAGCUGGCUGAUCCUCCAGGGGGACACGGACACCAGGACCGACUCGCCCGACAGCCAGGCUCUGUCCCACAGCAGCGGGGCCGACCGAGACCCGCUCUCCACGGGCCCGGGAGCCGGCUUCUACUCACAACGCCAAUGUGGCGCCUUGUGGAGCAGACCCGGAUGCCAGCUGGGGCACACGAGAAUACAAGGUCUAUCCCUACGACGCCCUCAUCGUCACAAACCGAAUCCGCGUGAAGCUGCCCAAAGACGUGGACCGGACCAGACUGGAGAGACACCUGUCGCCCGCGGAGUUCCAGGCGGUGUUCGGCAUGAGCGUGGAGGAGUUCGACCGCCUGGCGCUCUGGAAGAGGAACGACCUCAAGAAGAAGGCCCUGCUGUUCUGAUGGCGCCGCCCCGCCCCGCCCCGCGCCCGGCCGCUGGCUCUGCUCCUCUGUGCCCACGGGACAGGCGGGAGGGCGGGCGGGCGGGCAGGCACCGGGGCGGGCGGGAGCAGGUCCCACAGCGCAGCCUGGCGCCUGAGACCCUCCUGCCUGUAGCCCAGGCCCUGGCCCGGGCUGUGCACCGCCCUCCCCCGCGGUGCUGGCACCAGGAGACGCUGCAGAGCGGCUGUCCCCGGGAGGGCGGGCAUGGAGACGGCACGCCCGCCUCCCCGGCCCUGGGACCACCGAGGGGACCAGGAUGGGGAUCCGAGGAGCUUGUCAGGGACAGGCCCGGACACCAUCCCCGGCGGGGGCGCCGGCCUCAGUGUCCGCCGGCCCCGGAGGGCGCUGCUCGCGGCCUGUAUCCAGGGGCCCCCGGGCGGUGCCAAGCGUGGGGUGACGAGCGUUGGCGCUGGCUGUGGCCCAGGGUCCUGCUCCAGGCCCGCGUGCCCUGCUCAGCUCUCCCACGCCAGCCCCCGGACGCCCACAGGACAUCCUAGAGUAACACAGAGCUUUAUUUUACUAAGAAGCGCGGCCUGCGGGCCCGAGAGGACACGUAUGAAGAGUGUAGUCUGCAGCCCCAGCCCCGCCCUCCGCGCUGUGUGGUCUCCGUGCUCCGUGUCCCUGGCACAGGGACUCCUGAAUGUUUUCCUUUGCUUCUCUUUCUUUCGCUCCUGUCACAUGGCCCCCGAAAGGCUGCUCCCUCCCCCCCAAUGCUGUGUGUAAUGCGUGUGAGUCCACGUCCACGGCGACUUCCUCGUUGUUUCCCUCCACAUCUGGGGUGGACCCGCCUCCCCGUGGCCAGGGCCCGGGAUCAGGACUUCCGUGGACUCGGCCUGAGCCCGUGUGGCUUUCUGGUGACACGGCCAGCAGCGCCCCACCUCCCCACGGCAGAACACACACACGUGGCCCCGGAGGGAUGCCUCGUGGGUGGUCCUGAGACGGACACGACCCUCGGGGCAGUCCCGUUGGCGGUCAGCAGGGCCGGGGCAGAGGCCUGCGGUCCCGCUGAGAGAUGUGGCCGUCACGGGGGUGGGGGGGCCCGGCCCGGGCCACCGUGUUUGUGAAGUGCCUCGAGAGCCGCAUCCCCGUGUGUCCCGGCCGUCCCGCCCGUGAGUCAGCCUCGCUCAGCUUCCUCCCGACCCGUACACGCCGGCCCCGCGCCAGCCCGGCCGGGCCAGGGGAGGGGAAACUCCGGCACCGAACGCGCUUCCGUCCGCUCAGCGGUCGAGCCCGAGCUGGAAACCCCCGUCUCCUCCUCCCUGCGGUGGGGCGGCCGCGGGCCUGGGAAAUAAAGGGCGCUGUGUUCUAA